AUGUUCACCAAGCUUGUUAUUGCUGGAAGUACCGGCUAUGUGGCUGAUGCUGCCAUCUGCGCCAUUUUAGCUUCAAAAGACCCCGUCUUCGAUGUCACGAUCUUGACCCGAAGGGAUAGCGGCAGAGAAUCGCCAUCUAGGCCAGGAGCAAAGGUCAUUCCAGUUGACUACGGCAAACACGACGACCUUGUGCACGCUGUGUCAGGGGCAGAUGCCAUUCUUUCUUUUAUCGCCGGCACUCAAUCCAAACUGGUCGAUUUGCUUCUGCUCAAGGCAGCGCGGGAGGCUGGUGUCCGACGUAUCUUCCCAUCCGAAUAUACUUUGGACAUUCUCCAUCCCCAUGCAGUGUCUCUUCUAACAGAGGGAGGACACUGGCCAGAGGAAAUCUCGCCUGUUGCAACCGCGCGCAAGUUCCUGGCCCUCGCGGACGAAGGAGGGCUUACAAGCUUCACAACGUUGAUCCCAGCUGCCUUUAUGGAUGGAUGGCUGGAGGGUAAUUUCGGCUUAAUUGAUCCCAAAAACCACAAAGUGACGGCUGUUGAUAGUGGCGAUCGUUAUUUCUCUGGAUGCUCGAUACCCUUCCUUACAGCCGCCAUCGUCGCUGUGCUUCGGAUGGACGAGGAGAAGACGAAGAACAAACGCAUUCCCAUCACGGAGGUUCGCGCGACAAUGAACCAAAUCGCAGAUGUUUUCGAGGAAAUCACCGGUACCAAAUUUGAGAGAGGACUGGUAACGUCCCAAGAGCUCGUUGAUCAGCGCAACACGAAUCUCCAGGCUGGAAAUCCUCUCGUUGCCCUCUUUGCCAUGAUUCAGUUGGCGGCCUUUGAUGGAAUCGGGGCAGGGGAUCUUAAGGAGGGCUUGGGGUUUGAUGGCGAUGGCUAUUUGGAUGUGCAGAGGAAGAGUCUCAAGGAGCUUUCCAUCGAGGCUCUGACGAAGGUUGAGACCAGCUGA